UUUUAUUGAUUAAAUAAUUUUGCCGGUGUGUAGUGCGUUUUUACCGUUUAGGGAAGUUGUAAAAUAUUAUACACAUUAAACUUUAACAAAUAAUUUUGUUUAAUGAACGCGUAUCUGCAAAUUGGAAAAUUGUAAAUAUUAAUUUAUUUUACUAAGUGAAAGUAUUUCUGUCUGAAGCGGCGUGUUUGGAACUCUGAAGUCUGAAGUUUGGUGAAUUGAACGUAAACGUGCUUUUGAAUACUUUCACACUCAACCAUGGAUUAUGUACAAGUGGCUGAAAACGAAGAAGAAGCUGAAAUAGAGUUACCUACUGAAGAAGAUGGCACUCUAUUGUUGUCAACAUUACAAGCUCAAUUCUCUGGUGCAACCGGUCUUAAAUAUCGCAAUCCAGAAACCAACGCUAUGCGUGGUGUACGUUGUAACGAAGGAAGACUUUUUCCGCCAUACAAUGAAAGUGGUUGGGGUGACGAUAUAUACUUAUGCGUGUUCUCAGCAGAAAACAAACGCAAGAAUGAUGAUAAUUUAAAUAAUUCGGCAUCAAAAACAAAGCGUGUAAAAACAGCACAAUGCACUGAUUUAAUUGUUUUGGACUUGCCAUGGAAAUCGACUGAAGAUGACUUACGCGAAUAUUUUGAAACAUUUGGUGAAUUAGAAAUGGCACAAAUAAAAACAGAUGCUAAAAGUGGUAAAUCAAAAGGAUUUGGUUUUAUUAAAUUUCAAUCAUAUGAAGUACAAAUGCGUGUUUUGUCUUCCAAACAUCAGAUUGGUGGUCGCUGGUGUGAAGUAAAAAUACCAAACUCUAAAGGUGCAAUGCAGCAAUUACUUAAUAAUAGAGUGUUUGUUGGUCGUUGCACUGAAGAUAUCACUACUGAAGACUUACGAAAAUAUUUUUCUAAGUUUGGAGAAGUGACUGAUGCUUACAUACCAAAACCAUUUCGUAAAUACGGCUUUGUUACCUUUCUAUUUCCGGAUGUUGCACAAUCAGUAUGUGGAGAAGAUCAUGAAAUAAAAGGCGUUACCGUUCAUGUUUCUACCGCUGCUCCAAAAACUGAAAAUAACCGUGGCUCAGGAAGAGAUAGAAAUAAUUAUGGAGGAGGCUAUAAUAAUGGAAAUAGUUUUAAUAACAGAAACGGUUAUAAUAAUCGCAAUAAUUCCAAUAAUCGCAAUAAUUCUUCAUUUAGUCGUGGUAGCAAGUCAAAUUAUAAUGAUAAUGCCGUUUGGGACAACAAAUCCAAUGGCAAUGCUGCCAAUAAUGGCAUUUGGGACAGCAAGUCAUAUAAUAAUCAAGGUUCCCAUCAUCCAAAUCAAGGACAAAAUCAAUCAGGAGGAGGUGAGAAUUUAAAUUCAUUAGCUAUGAAUCCUGCUGUUGUGGCUGCUGCGUUAAAUCUUUUGGGCAAUCAAUUGCGUACCAUGUCAUAAGAUCUACAGAUUGUACUUUUUUUUGAUUUGGAUGGUGCACACUAAUGGACAAGAUCAUCACGACUUCUUAGUAUAUAAAAACCCUUGUACAUAUUUGCGAUAAUUUAAAUAAUAAUAUAAUAUAAAGUUAAAGGAUUGUACGUAUGCAGCAUCAAAGUUAAAAAAAAUAUCAACUGAUUUUUUAGUUCAAAGCCUAUGUACAUAAUUUGAGAUUAUGUAAAAUCGAUUUAAGUCUUUUAAAACAUUAAAUAUAUUUAGAUUUUGUAAUCAUUUUUAUAGUAAUUAAUACUAUAAUAAAUAAUAAAACAUAUAAAAUUGAAUGUAGUACUUUGU